AUCAUGGUUGACCGAUGCAAACGGCCACCUCUGAAUCUAUAUUAGCUGCAGAUUGUAGUGGAACGACAUAGAACCACUGCAGAGGUCGAUUGGAUAACAUGGAGAAAAUAACCAUCGUACUGCUUUCAACCGCUUUGGUUGCUUUUGCUGGAUCCAUUUCCACACCCCCGGAUUCGGAUUCUGGAAUUCAUAAUUUUGCUACCAUUGAAGACUUGAGUAACAAAGUACAAGACGAAGAAGUAGAAACUCCUCGACCGUUCUUGCUUGAACCAGAAACCACAAUUGAAGUAGUGGCGCCACCCCCGCUGAAAAAUGCAGUUCGAACUCCACCCGUCGAAGGGGAACGACAUGUCGUCGGAAGCGAAACUUGUUUAUGUGGAAGAAGUAUAGCAAAAAUUGUGGGUGGAGAGGAUGCGCGAAUCAAUGACCUGCCUUGGACAGCAUUAUUGUACAAGCGUGGUUUCUUCGGAGGGCGAAGUCCAUAUUGUGGCGGAACAUUGAUAAAUUCACUCUACGUACUCACGGCUGCUCACUGCGUGGAUGGCAUGAGCAACCGCAGCAUCGAGGUCGUUCUUAAAGAAGAAAAUUUGUCUUCUACUGUUGAAAGCAAAACAUACACCUUCAAAGUCUCGAAAAUAAUUCAGCAUCCGAAAUACAGUCGACGCACGAUUGACAGUGAUAUCGCGCUUUUGAGAUUGAGUUCUCCAGUUGAGUUGUCCGCAAGUGGUCCGUUCGUACCGGCCUGCGUCCCCAAGAACAAUGAGCAGACGUAUGAAGGACAAAAUGCCACUGUGGCUGGUUGGGGAGCUGUGAAGCAAGGCGGAAGUGUAUCCAAAGUUUUGAAACGAGUAGAUGUGCCCAUACUCAGCAACCAAGCGUGUAACAUGACCAAAUACGCUGGGAAAAUUACGGACAACAUGCUCUGCGCUGGGGACGUGGAGAAAGGGGGAAAAGACAGUUGUCAGGGUGAUAGCGGCGGGCCAUUAGUCGUGGAUGUGUACAAGAGGAAGAUGAUUGUCGGCGUUGUUAGUUGGGGAUAUGGAUGUGCAAAACCAAAUUCUCCCGGCGUUUACUCCCGUGUCGCAAAUUUUGCGGACUGGAUAGUAUCUCAAACCUCAGAUGCGACUUAUUGCAAUGAAUAAAUUAUUUAAUUCCAAUUUUGUUCAUGUAUUUGUUUCCUAUUUAAAAUAAAAUUUUGUUCACAUAAAACGUA